UAUAUACUCCUGUGCCCUCACAAUAUGUAGAUCUUGCAUUGGUAUCAAGGACUUGCAGCACUUGGAAUAGGCUAGCGUGGAAGAAUAGCUUGUGGCAACGCCUCUGUUUAGAGCGCUGGAGAACUUGGCCACUCCCUCCGUCAUAUUCAUCGUACUACAAAAACCAGUAUAGCUACUCAGAUGGCCGACUCGAUGGAAUGCUUGAUGGAAUGUCGAUAGAUUCACAAAAAUCGGGGUCAUUCUUGUCGCUACCAGAUUCUUUAACUGACCUAUAUUCACCUGAGCGGUGGUACUCGACUUCUUAUCCACCGUACGGAUUCGACACAUGGAAGGAAGUCUAUAGAGAGCGGCAUGAGAAGGAUGGGAUCGUUCGAGUGUUGCUACAGGAAAUGGUGGAGGACCCCAGGAAUAGGGUGCGUCAUAUGGAUGGUAUCGCGGAGGUUGGUGUGGUUCAUGCACGCGAUGUUUUAGAAAAUAUUAUUGCAGGGAGAAACGGCGAGGUGAAGAAUCUUACUCGGACAUACUAUGCCCGGAAAACGCUCAAAAGACUUCGACGAGGCUGGGUACUUGACCAAUGGCGUGCAUACCGUUCCAAUAGCCAGAACUUCCCCAUCUGGCAGGGAUGUGCACUUAUGGCCAUGUUCUCUGAUCAUGAACUGGAGCUGACAGACAUUGAAGAUCAAUUUCAGGAGCUUGCAGACGGAUUUCUUGAAGACUCUCCUAUACCCGAACAAGGAGACCAUAGCCUAGCAACAACGCCACCUAUUGUAUCGAAUACAUUUGAUAGAGGCAACUCUGAAAACUCGUCAUUGGAUGACUGGAAUAAGAGGUGCUCUAGGUGGUUUGAGACUCAGAUCAAUCGCCUUAAGCACUUGAUUCGAUUUUUUACGCAAGAGAAGGGAUUUAAGGGUAACACCGAAAAUUAUUACGACCCAUUCAAUAGCUUUAUCGAUAAGGUAUUGGUGCGCAAGGUUGGCAUUCCAAUAUCGCUGAGUAUUAUCUUCGCAGAGCUAGCACAGCGGGUAGGGAUUGCAGGAGUGGAGUUGAUGGGAUUCCCGCAACAUUUUAUGAUCCGCUAUCGCCCAUCAAUGCUUGACCGCUCAUUGGAGCCCCAGGUAUCGCUAUCAGAAGCAGCGCUAGAAGCUCCAACAUUCUACCUUGAUUUGUUUCAUCCGCCCCAUCGGUUACUGUCAACAGAGGAGUACGAAAGCUACUUUUCUGUCUUGAAUAUACCGCGCCCAUCCAACAUCUACAGAGAUUUGCCAACACCACCACUAGAAAUCUUCCUAAGAUGCCUUCGGAACAUUAUUCGUGCGGUGGAACAGACCGGAGGAGCAGGGAGGAUCGGGUCCGACCAUCAAACAAGUCUAUAUUCUGGUAUCACUCAACUACUUGCAUUGCAUCCUGGUGAAGAAUGGGAACUGUACGUUUUGUGGCUCAAAUACCUUAGUAACUUCUGGCCAGAGGAUAUCGGAUUUAUCCGAACAUCCAUUGAGGAUAUGGAAUUGAUGGAUCAUCGACGGUCUGUAACUAAAGCUUAUGUGUCAUCCACUAUUUCACCCUCACAGAAUCAGCAUUCACAGCACCAGCAAUCAAGCCAUACCUCAGAAUUCCAUCGAGGAAGGCUUCAUGAGGCGGCAAGUCGCUCCGACACUCAUUUUGCAUCAACGUCCAAUGAAAUAAUCAGAAUAAUGAGGGCCCAAGUCAGAGAGCUUGAAAGGAUGGAUGAGGAUGUAGAUGUUGGUGAGAUCCGUCGACGGAAACGACCCAAGGCUUCACCUGAUGCUGAUCAAAGCGACGCAGCCCAACUUCGAUCUGAAGCGCGAUCUCCUGAUCAGUACAUCACUGGAGUAAGCCAAGCAUCAUCGUCAUCAAUGCUUGGUGAACAGGUCAAUAGCUCUAUUGAGAUGGAAUCGGAUGAGCACCCCCAUGCUCCCACGAGCAGGAUUAUAGCUCUGUUUGGAAACGAAGAACGUCGGCGACCUGAGCCUAAAUAUUAUGUUGGUGAAGUUUUUCGGCAUUUGAUUUACCGCUAUACUGGAGUCAUCUAUGGAUAUGAUCUGAAAUGUGAGGCUCCGGACUCAUGGAUCCAAUCUAUGGGUGUUGACUUACUCCCUCAUGGAAGAAAUCAACCUUUUUAUAAUGCUCUGUUGGCUGAUGGUUCAAAACGAUAUGUUGCGCAAGUGAAUAUCCAAGCCCUUUUCCGAGAAUAUAGGUCGUCUAAUCCUAUUUUAACUCAUUCUAUAACCUCAUCUGCAGCGGAUCAAAUUCAAUCUAAUGAUUCAGAAUCAUUAGUGUCAUUCAGUCAGACAGAUUCAACUUCAACAGAGCCAGUAUUAGCAGCGGCAGAGUCAUCGGCUGUUACACCUGUUACAGAGUCAGCGCUGCCCACGCUUCAGUUCUCGGAGUUGGGACCACUUGAGAUUGAAGCUGUGGGGCAAUAUUUUGAAGCCUGGGACGGACAACGUGGCUACUACAUCAUGAAUAAAGAGCUUCGCAAGCUUUAUCCUACAGAAGAUUAUCUGUAAAAAAAUAAAUAAAUAAAUAAAAUAUCUCCGAAUACCAUGCCAAGUUUAUUUGAAAGCACACAGAAGGUCGAGUGAUUAACCUUAUAGGGAACCAUGUCCACGCAAAUGUGUUCUUUGUAUCUGUUAUACUAUUCCUCUUACAUCCUUUCAAAAAGAAAAAAAAUCCCGAGACAAUUUUGUGGAUCAAGUGU